AUAAGUAGAUGGGUCGAAGAGGCAGAGAGACAGAGCAACAGAGACAAACUCCAAGAGGAAGAGCAGAGACGAGGAGGACGAGCGAGGAAACAUUGACAUAACUUCACAGACUUCACUUCAACAUCUGAGAGAUGACCCGGUGCCGUUCUGGAGAGGAUAGCGGAGGAGAACACAAAUCAAUCACAAUGAUCAUCAAGACUUUCAUCCUUGUCCUUAUACUGACUGCCUCCAACAGUCAGCCUGCGGACGGAACCCUGAAACUCAGGUGUCCUAGAAGUGUGGACAUGACAACAACAGCAGGUGCCCCAACAACCACAGGUGCCCCAACAACAGCAGGUGCCCCAACAACCACAGGUGCCCCAACAACAGCAGGUGCCCCAACAACCACAGGUGCCCCAACAACCACAGCUGCCCCAACAACCCCAGCUGCCCCAACAACCACAGCUGCCCCAACAACCGCAGGUGCCCCAACAACCCCAGCUGCCCCAACAACCACAGCUGCCCCAACAACAGCAGGUGCCCCAACAACCCCAGCUGCCCCAACAACCCCAGCUGCCCCAACAACCACAGCUGCCCCAACAACCUCAGGUGCCCCACCAACCACAGCUGCCCCAACAACAGCAGGUGCCCCAACAACCACAGCUGCCCCAACAACAGCAGGUGCCCCAACAACAACAUUGGCAGUAGGAGCCGUAGAAAACAUUUCCACAACAAAAUCCACUGAAAUUGCAUCAGAACCAUUUUCAGCAGCAACUGCAAAGAGUGCGACAGCAGCAGCAACAGCAGCAGCAGCAGCAGUAGCAGCAGCAGCAGCAGCAACGGCGGCAGCAGCAGCAGCAGCCACUACGGGACCAAACUCUGAAGAAGCAGCAGCAGCUGCAGUAGCAGCUGCAGAGGCUGCGCAGGAGGCAGCAGUAGCUGCUGAAGCAGUGAUAAAGGGACCAAUGCCACUAGCGACGGCUGCUCAAGCAGCAGCAGCAGCAGCACAAAAAGCCAAGUUGGCAUCAAAUGCAGCUCUGAAAGCCGCUCAGUCAGCACCAGAAUUAAGAUUAGACUUAAUUAGACAAAUCGCAGAAGCAUCAGCAAAUGCAUCAGCUGCAGCAGAUAAAGCGGCAGAGGCUGCGGCUGCUGCGGCUGCAUCGACAUCAACAGCAGAAACUGCAACGGCAGCUACAGCAGCUGCAACAGAGGCAGCGGCGGCUGCAGCAAGAGCGCUGGCAGCUAUACAGAGGGCAUUAUCAGAAGCCAAAAUCCCAACAUCUGAAGACAACGCAUUGAUGCAACUAUCAAUGUUAGCAGCACAAACAGCAGCAGAGAUGGCUGCAGCAACAGCAACUAAAGCAGAGCAAGCAGCUAAAGCUGCAGCAGAAGCAGCAGCAGCAAAUACAACAGAAAUAUCCAUUGCAAAGGCAACAGAAGCAGCUGAAACAGCAAGGGAAGCAACAUUGAUCGCAAAGGCAGCUGCAGCUGCAGGACAAGCGGCAGCAGCGGCUGCUAAUGCUGCAUCUGCUGUCACUGGUGUGGUAUCCCGAAAUCUCACCAAUACAGCAAAUACCACAGCUGUCACACCAACAUCCACAACAACAUCCACAACAACACCAGUAGUAGGACAUAUCAAGACCACAACAAAAUCCACUGCCAUUGCAACAGGACCAUCACCAGCAGAAACCGCAAAAAGUGCGGCAGCAGCAGCAGCAACAGCGGCAGCAGCAGUAGCAGCAACAGCAGCUGCAACGGCGUCAGCAGCAGCAGCAGCCACUACGGGACAAAACUCUAAAGACGCAGCAGCAGCUGCAGUAGCAUCUGCGAAGGCUGCACAAGAAGCGGUAGCAGCUGCUGAAGCACUGAUGAACGGAACAAUGUCCGUAGCGGAGGUUGCUCAAGCCACAGCAACAGCAGCACAAAAAGCCAAGUUAGCAUCAACUGCAGCACAGAAAGCAGCUCAGUCAGCACCAGAAUCAAAAGCAGACAUAGUACGAAAAAUUGCAGAGGCAUCAGCAAAUGCCUCAGCUGCAGCAGAUAAAGCGGCAGAGGCUGCGGCUGCUGCUGCAUUGGCAACAACAGCAGAAACUGCAAAGGCAGCUGCAGCAGAUGCAACAGAGGCAGCGGCGGCUGCAGCAAGAGCUCUGGCAGCUAUACAGAAGGCAUUAUCAGAAGCCCAAAGCCCAACAUCUGAAGACAGCCCAUUGAUGCAACUAUUAGUGAUUGCAUUACAAAAAGCAGCAGAGAUGGCUGCAGCAACAGCAACUAAAGCAGAAGAAGCAGCACAAGCCACAACAGAUGCAGCAACAGCAAAUACAACAGAAACAUCCAUUGCAAAGACAACAGAAGCAGCUGAAACAGCAAGGGAAGCAAUAUCGAUCGCAAAGGCAGCUGCAGCUGCAGGACAAGCGGCAGCAGCGGCUGCUAAUGCUGCCUCAAUCAUCUCUGGUGUGACAUCCCAAAAUUUCACAACCACAGCUGCCCCACCCACAACAGUAAUUAUGUUUUCGCCAUCUGCAACUGCAAACAUAACAUCAAAUGGAGCACAAACGCUCCCAACACUUGCAGAUGCAGCCACAGUAGCAUCCACAGCAGCAACAUCUGCAGCAACAGCAGUAGCAGCAGCAGCAGCAGCACUGGCAGCGGCCACCACAGGACAAACGCCAACAGUUGCGGAAGAUGCUUCAAAAGCUGCACUAGCAGCAGCAGCUGCUGCUGCCGCGUUCGCAGAUAAGGAAGGAUCACCGACAGCGGCAGGAGAGGCAGCAACAAAGGCAGCAGAGGCGGCAACAGCAGCUGCAACAGCAGCAAUAGAAGCAGCAACAGCAGCACCUGACACAACAGCAGCAUUAGCACAGCGAGCACUUGCAGUGUCCAUAAAAGCCGCCGGGGCAGCAAAAUCAGCAGCAACAGCAGCUAGAUUCGCAGCCAGCCUUAAUGCAUCAGAAACAUCACCAGAAACUGCAGCAGCUGCCCUGAGAGCAGCCAAGUCAGCAGCAAAGGAAGCAGAGAAAGCAGCAGAAGCACUAAGAGCUUUACUGAAUGCAACAGACAUAGGAUCUCUACCAGCCGGAAUUGCUACUGCAUUAAGUGCAGCUGUGACAGCCGCAACAAAGGCAGCGGAAACCGCCAAGAAGGCCGCAAUGGUGGCUGAAACAGCUGAAGAGGCACUUGCAUUACCACCAGGAGAAAAAGCAGCUGAAAAGGCAGCAGCUUCCAUGACGCAAGCAAAAGAGGCAAUAAAUGCAGCAAAAGACGCAAGUGCUGCCUCUCAAGCAGCAGUAGCAGCAGCAGCAGCCCUAAAUGCAAGUACAACAGGGACAACUAUGAAGCCAGCAACAACAGCAUCAACCACACUAUCGCCCGUAACACUGUCACCAAGAACAGCAAUAACAGUGAAAGCAGCAUCGUCAGCAGCAGCAGCAGCAGCAGCUGCUGGAGCAGCAGCCGGAGCUACUUCUACGGCCGCAGGAGCAACAACAUCACCAGCUGCAGAAAAAGCAAUAAAGGCUGCCCAAGACGCAGGCAACGCAGCCAUAUUACUGUCAACAGGACAAGGAUCAGCAGCAGCGGCAGCAUUAGCAGCAACCACAGCUGCCGUGGUCGCCAAGGAAGCAGCAUUAGCAGCAAGACUUGAGGCAGAAGCAGCACCAGCAUCAAAAGCAGAUUCCCUCGCAAGACUAGCAAAUGCAUCAGCAAUAGCUGCAAUGGCCGCUGAAGAAGCAGCAACCGCAGCAACGCUGGCAGCCUUUGGUGACUCUUCAGCUGUUGAACAGGUGGCACAAGCUGAAAGAACUGUCGCCGAAGAAGCAAGACGUGUCGCAGAAAUAUUAAAAGCAGAAUUAUCAACUGUCAGUGGGCCGUCGGCUGCAGCCACAACUUUGUCAUUAUCCGCAGCGCAAGCAGUGGCAGAAAUGGCCGAAGCAACAGCACUGACAGCAUCUAUAGCAGCAGGAGACAGAGUACCAGCAGCGAAGGCAGCGGCAAAAAGCUCAGCAGCGGCAGCAAGGGCAGCGAAAUCUGCACUCCCAAAUAAAGGCAUCAGUUCAGUCACAGGGCAACCAACACCCAGUCAAUCACCUACAGCAGCAACAGCAGCAGCAACAACAGCAGCAACAACAGCAGCGGCAGCCACAAAAAGACAAACUGCUGCAGUGACAACGACCACAGCAGCAGCAGCUGCAGCAACAGCAGUAGCAGCUACGACAGCAGCAGCCGUUGGAGCACCAUCUGAAGAAGUAGAAAAGGCAAUAAAAGCUGCACAAGUAGCAGCUAGAGCUGCAGCGUUAGUAGCAGAUGGACAAGCGACACCAACAUUGGCAGCAAGAGCAGCCGCAGCAGCCGCAGAGGCAGCAGAAGCAGUAGCAUUAACAGCAAUACAGGCAGCCUCAAAAGCACCAGCAUCGACAGCGGCUGUCCUUAAGAAAAUAGCGGAGGCCUCAGCUAAAGCUGCACUCGCCGCAAAGGCAGCAGCAGCAGCAGCAGCGCAGGAAGCUUCGGGAACUGCAUCUCCAAACGCAAUGAGAGCAACAGCAGAAGCUGCAAAAGAUGUUUCAGAAGCUGCAGAUGAAGCAUUGGCAGCACUAGACGCAGUUACAGCGGAACAAGCAGCACAAAUGACGGAGGCAACACGUUCAGCAACAGUACAGGCAAAAACAGUGGCAGACAUCGCGAAGGCAACAGCAUUGACAGCAGAAACAGUGGUGGGAGCUGCAACAGCAAACAACGAUGAGCUGAUGACAUUAAAUGCGCAAGCCGCAGCAAGAGCCGCAGCAGCAGCAGCAAGGGCAGCAGGCGGUGUGCUGUCAACGGCAUCAGGGACAGGCACAAAUGCAUCAUCAGUACCAGCUACUGAAAAACCAGCAGCCGCAGCAGCAGCAGCAACCAAUACCACAACCACAGCACCAGCAGUGUCACCUGCAGCAGCUAAAGCAAAGGAAACAGCUGUGGUGGCGUCAACAACAGCAGCUGCGGCGGCGGCUGCGGCUGCGUCAGCAGCUGCUGCAGUUUCUGGACCAGCAGCAUCCGAAGCAGCAAAAAAUGCAGCCAAAGCAUCAAAGCUAGCCGGUGACGCUGCUGCAUUAGUUGCAGCAGGAGCAGCGCCGCUGGAAACAGCAGCUGAGGCAGCAAGAAAAGCUUCUGAGGCAGCCGAGGUGGCAGCAAAAGCAGCACAAGCAGCAGCGGCAAACACAAAUACAGCGGGAAACACUCAGCAAGCAGCAGUGAAAGCAUCAGUAUCACUGAGAGCAGCAAGAGCAGCAAAAACUGCAGCAGACGCAGCAACACUGGCGGCAGCUCAAAACGCAGCACCUGCAACAAUCACCGGAGCUGCAGAAGCUGCCAGAACAGUGUCCAGAGAAUCAGCACUGGCAGCAGAACAACUACAGGGCUUGUUAUCGGCAGCCACUGGGUUAGCAGCCGCAGACCAAGCAGGAGUCGCAGAGGCAAAAGCGGUGGCAGAGAUGGCACGAGCAACAGCAUUGGCUGCCGCGACAGCCGCGGAGAUCGCAGUAGAAGCAGCUUCAACAACAGAAGCAGCACGUGCAGCACAACUAGCAGCAAUAAUGGCAGCAACAACAAAUGCGGCAGUGGCAUCUGCCUCAGCAGCUGGAACGGCUGCGGGAGCACUGGCAGAAAGAUCCUCCGCAGACAAGGCAGCCGCAGAUGCGGCUGCAGCCGCAGCCGCAGCCGCAGCAGCAACAACAACUCCAGCAAGUGGAUCUGGUUCCGGCUCAGGCUCUGGGUCUGGGUCUGGGGCUGGGGCUGGGGCUGGGGCUGGAUCUGGAGCUGGGUCUGGGUCUGGUUCUCAAUCCGGAUCUGGAUCUGGAUCUGGAUCUGGAUCUGGAUCUGGAUCUCAGUCUGGAACAAAUACAGGAAGCAGCACAACAGCAGCCGCAGUCAACAACAAGAUCAGUCUGAUCUCGGUCACUUUGGCCGUCGUGGCCGCCGCGCUCCUGUAAAGUCGACACUGUGGAAUGUAAAGAUUUUUAUUUAUUUUACUAUUUCAGCUUAUCGUGUAUGUCUAAAUUAUGAUAAUUCAAUAUUUGUCCUAUAACUUUUGAAACAUUGAUCAAAAUGUAAAGGAUCAAUUUCACUAAUCGGUAAAUGUUUAACCCUUUAAACAGCUGUAAAUUACAAUAUUUAUUAUCCUAUUUAUUGUUUUUAUGUGUGUGUGUGUGUGUGUGUGUGUGUGUGAAUGUGUGUGUUUGCUGAAUGAAACGCAUAUGAAAUGUUGUACAUUUAUAUAUAUUCCAUAGUUUAUUGUAAUUGAGUUUUAAAUUGUGACUGUUUGUGAUGAUGAAUUGUGAAAACAGCUGCCCUUAAUCUAAUUUAUGAAUGAACAAGAUCAUUUCUGAAUCAAUAAAUGAAUGAAAAAUUA